AUGUCUGAAAAUAAGGCACCCGGCCAAAUUUACGCAUACGACAUUCACAAUACCCACUAUCCCUACGUCAAUAUCAAGUAGGAUAGUCAAACUUAACUUUUGGCCAGUUUCAGAAGAUCUAUUGCUUCUAUUAAUCCUUUUUCAUACAGACAAGUUCCCUCUCAAGACAGAGCUGCUUUUGGUUUGAGAUGGGGUAACGCUUGGUAUGCUCCCAAUCCUUAUCCUAAUGGAAUCCACUUCGAUAGAGUCUUCCCUACUCACUAUGAUCCCUUAGCUGAAACCAACAGAACCAAGGCUAACUUAUAACUUAUUAAGUACGCUCCUGGUAAUUAUUCUACUUUGGUCGUCACUUCUGAAAAGUUACCCAGACCUUGCAUCAGAACCAUCUAAAAUUACAGAAGAUGCCAAAUGGUCAACGGUACCGAAAAGUGCAACAGUGAAGCUCAAGACAUUCUUGCUAUUUGUCCUAACUGGGCUUUGGACCACAUGAAGGAAAAGGUUAGAUUCUACACCAAGGCUCUUGCCAUCAACAAUUAGACUUAUAUCAGAGCUAUGUAAGUUGAAGAAUACAAUUAGGGACGUACCGUUGCUGAUGUCGCUCCUAAGACCUGGAUUCACGGUACCAGAUAACACUUAAGACCCGACACCAUGUGGGCUGAUGAUAGAUAUACUAACAUCACUCAAACUGAAAUUAACGAAGCCAUUAAGAGAGUUGAAGCUAGAAAGGCUAGAGAACAUGAAAAGAAGCCCGUUGAAUAAGCUAAUGUUAAUGCUAAUACUGGUGAACAACCCGUUAGAGUUGAAAAGAGCUUAUAUCCUUGA